GUUUUAUAACUGCGCGCCCGCCGCUGGAAACACACCGCAUCCCGACCGUCUCGCACCUGGUCCUACCGGCUUUACCGCUGCCGCCGGUCACGCCGACAUCGAACGCCUGUGCAGCUCCAGCAUUCGAAGUCUACCGGCGUGUGCGAAGCAUAUUGAAUGCUGUCGGUCGAGUGGCAUUUGUUUCGCCCGCUGCUUCGGUUGGCAACUCUGCGCACCGCAACGUCCAACGAGCGCCGAAACCUCUGAAACGCCCGGCGUGCACAUAACAUCGUCUCAGACGCCGACCCGAGCUCAACAUGGGUUCGUAUCUCUCCGAGCCGAUCACGGAGAAGAUCUCCGCUGAGGAGCUCAGCGAGCUGCUGGCAUGCGGCUCCAGCUCUAUGCAGGGAUGGCGCGUUAGUCAGGAGGAUGCACACAACUGCAUAUUAGACUAUGACAAAAACACAUCAUUCUUCGCUGUUUACGACGGCCACGGAGGGCACGAAGUAGCACUCUACUGCUCAGAAAAACUCCCCAACUAUUUAAAAUCCCUCGAACUCUAUAAAAACGGCGAUGUUGCGAAAGCCCUCGAAGAAACCUUCCUAGGUUUCGACGCUACUAUCGCAACACCUGACGUUAUCAAGGUCCUCAAAGAAAUGGCCAAAGACAAAAACAGCGAUGAUGAGAGCGACGAAGACGAAGAAAACGUCAACCACCUGUAUGAAGAAGCAUCCAUGCCCAUCGAGCAAGUCAUCGAGAAAUACACGAGUAACUUACUCGGACGACAAGAUAAUCGAGCCGCGUCUCUAAAAGAUGACAAACCAUCCUCGCCAUUUUUGAAAGCGAAAAGUUCCGCGGCUGCUGCAUCCUUACGAGACGGUGAAUCUUCAGGCGUGUGUUCCAGCACCAGCGGGAGCAGUAGCUCGACAAGUGUACAACAAGUCGAAGCCGUGACAAGCUCCAGCUCAGUAGAAGACAAAGAAGAAAAAGUAGAGAAACAAGAAAACGGGCAUAAAAUCACCCCACCGAAAAUCGUGGUUGAUUCAACCGCCGAUUCCGAUUUAAAAGACUUAAAAGAGUCGAAUGUUGAUGCUGAAGUCAAUAAUGGUGAGAAACCAACAACAACUACGACGCCUACAACACCAACAAUGGAAAAUGGCAGUCCGAAGAAAGGUAAAGCGUGUAAAAACCAAAGGCGUCGAUGUUCCUACCUCACCUUUGGAUGCAGAGAAAAGGAACCGGCGAGGACGCGUCCACAGCGUACAGUUAAACAAAUGUACGCGAAACUCCUCGAUAUUCCACCUCUCGAAUCAGACUCCGAAGACGAUGACGACGAUAAUGAUAAAACAUUUGAAGAUCCCACCGCGAAUGCAGCGAACGAUUCGGAUGACGAUGAUGAUGCUGACGGUGUGAAUAAUUCCGUCGAAGAUGCCAACUCGUCUGAAGAGGAUGCCGACGAGGAGGAGGACGAUGAUGAAGAGGAUGAAUAUAGUGAUGAGGAUGCUGAAACAUUCGAUGAGGAUGAAACUGCGGCCACGGCAUUCGCGAAAACGAUGAUUCAGGAACCCGGCUCGGAUUCGGGUUGUACUGCUGUGGUUGCUCUGUUAAAAGAGGACACACUGUAUGUUGCGAAUGCGGGUGAUUCACGUUGUAUUGUCUGUAGAGGUGGUAAGGCGAUUGAUAUGAGUUUUGAUCACAAACCAGAGGAUCAAAUCGAACGGGAUCGAAUUGUCAAGGCUGGUGGGCGUGUCACUGCCGAUGGGCGGGUCAAUGGCGGUUUGAAUUUAUCUCGCGCGAUUGGUGAUCAUGCCUAUAAGCAGAAUAAGGAGCUAGAUGCAAGGGAGCAGAUGAUCACCGCGCUGCCUGAUAUCAAAACGUUGAAAAUUGAGGGCGAGGAUGAGUUUAUGGUGUUGGCUUGUGAUGGCAUCUGGAACUUUAUGUCUAGUCAGGAGGUGGUGGAUUUUGUACGGCCGGCAAUCAAGAGUGGGACCAAGUUAUCAAAAAUUUGCGAAGAAAUGUUUGAUCAUUGCCUGGCUCCAAACACGAUGGGAGAUGGUACUGGAUGUGAUAACAUGACCGCCAUCAUUGUUGAAUUCAGGAACAACAAGAGCGCGAGCGCGAAACGCCCCGCUUCUGAAUCAGAGGAGGCGGACAGUACGAAACGAGCGAAGACUGAGGAGGCCGACGAGUUGCCGUCCACCACAAGCACAUAAACGCGGCUAGAUUAUGUGCGCUUGCGCAGAAGGACAUUCCUCGCGUUCAAACCGUCACACUUUACAUAUUUUUCGUUUUUUUUUAAUAUUGCGCCGCCGGUUUGCUGUUUUCUAAGUUCUAAGUUUGUAAGUAAAAUAUUUUUUAACGUUAUUCUCGAAUUGUUCAACAUCAUGCAUUUAACGGGGGGGAUUCGGGGGAUUUGAGGCGUGUUUAAAAUUUUUGAUAAAGACGGGGGCGUGUGUUUUUUAGUUUUCGCGUCGAUGUACAUACAAUAUGUAAUCUUUAUUUGGUAAUUGUAACUCAAUGAUGAAGUGUAAAGAAACUUAGCGGUGCCUUCUGUUAUCAUUACUUGAAUCUAUAGGAUAUACACAUUAUUGUUACUAUUAAGCAAGCAAACCAGAAAACAAUCAACUCUACAGCAACUUGCAAGUGUCAAUGAGGGCGUGGAGAUUAGUGUAAUAGAUUGUUUUUUUUACUAAUUGUAUCUUUGUACACGUCGGUAGCAUCAUCAUUCUGAAAUUGAUAGAAACAAAAAUAUACAAUGUUAGUGAUGUUAACAUUCAAUAAAGAUGAUGGAACAUUGUGUCAAAUUAUAA